AUGUCGAAACAAUUGAUUAAUUUAAAUGGGGUUAAACUCUUGACUAACACAAAAAACAAAAAUAUUAAGAAAAACCGGCUGAAGAAAAAAAAAAAAUGUGUGUGCUGUUCUAGAAUAUUACGUCGAGAUGAAUCUUUAGAAAAAGUUGUGGCUAAUGACAGAAUGAUUUACUUGUCUUCUAUUCAUCCUCCCGUCAUUCUUGGCCACAAAGAUUGUAUUCAAGCACCAAUCACAACACCCAAGCAUAGAGGAUAUUUGUUGAACUUGGAAAACUAUGGAACAAGAUGGUUACCAGGUGCUGUAACUAAAUAUGUGGCUAUAUUGAUGGAGAAAACAAAAGCAGGAACUCUUGGACCAUUACCAGGGAGAAUAAGAAAUAAUAGGAAAAUACUAGACUAG